UUCCUUCUACUUAAUUAUCAAAUAUCAUAUUUUCAAACAUGACCAACCCACAGCUCCUCUCCACAAGAGCUCUACUUCCCACACCAUGAUUCGUGAAACGAGCUCUAACUGACACAGCACACCACCAAUCAGCUUUCAGCCAGUUUGAAUGUGGGCUUAUCUUUUCAAUUUUGUAACAAAUCACUUGUAGACCUUUUCAAAGGACUCGUCCAAUCGCGUCAGUUACUAUGGAGUUGUAUCCAAUCAACGUCAAGUCAGGGGUCUUUUAAAGAUAGUUUCAGGAAGUGGGUGUAUAUACCAGGAAGUUGUAAACAAAGCUGACAGCGAUUCAGUUGUUAGCUCUGGCUGAAUGAUUCCCGAACCUGUUGAGGAAAACAGGCGAGUUUAAUCGCGGUAUCGUGCAUCUGUCAGUCAUACAGCUGACCGGUUUGCUUUUUUAAACCUUUUCCUGUGCUUUUUUUCAACGAGCUAACGUCAGCUGCCUUCUGUUUUCUCGGUAGGGGAACUCGAACGUUAGCACAAGGACGUUGGAGCUAGCCCGUGAAGUUAACGCCUGAUCGAUCAUUGUUAUCAAACGGACAGCGAGCAACGUCGGUGCCCGACUCUUUCGUUGUUGUUGUUGUUGUUGUUUUCCCGGUGUAUCAGCUGUGAGGGGCGGACAGAGCGAGAGGGCUCGUCCAUUUUUUUUAGCAGGACAACAAUGUCGACGUCCAACGCUAAUUUCAAAAACAAGUGUGUGACACAGGUGAACUGUGGCUUCUGCGACAGCCUCCUCUGCACGAGGGGCAUGAAAGCGGUGCUGCUCGCAGACACGGAGGUGGAGCUCUUUUCCACCGAUAUCCCCCCCAAUAGAACUGUUGACUUUGUGGCCAGCUGCUACUCGACUGAAAGCUGCAAAUGCAAACUGAGGGACAUCGCGUGUCUGAAGUGUGGUAAUGUUGUGGGCUAUCACGUUGUUGCCCCCUGUAAACCCUGCCUGCUCUCCUGUAACAACGGCCAUUUCUGGAUGUUCAACAGUGAUGCCGUGUCAACUCUCAACAGACUGGAUGCAACAGGCCUGAAUCUGCUCCUGUGGGGAGACCUUCCCGAGCUGGAUGACAGCGAGAAUGAAGAAUCAGAAACCCCAUCAGAGGAGGAGUGCAUUAGGUAGAGAGGGAAAUGGACAAUGUGAGCGACCAAGAGGGCCAACAUUUCAAACAGAGCUUCACGAGUAUACAAACCAUGCUGAGAUGAGACAGAAAAGAGAUGCCUCAAAGGGUCGUAGAUCACUGAAUCACAUAGGGCCGAACAAGUGCUGCUGUGCUCCUCUGUAUGGGUUAGAAUAUGAAACCAUGCUGCACCUCGGUCCUCAUCCCAAACAACAGCAGGUGUUUUGCCUUUGCUGCUUUGGGAGAACACCUGCUUAGACAUCCGUGCAUAAGAAAUUGUUGGCCCUAUGUGGUUGAUUGGCGAAUUGCCCUUUAACCUAUGACCACGCCUUUUCCAUCAUUGGUCACUGUUAAAAAGCACAGACACAAACACUGUCACACUCACAUUCUCUCUCGCUCUUGAAUAUUUGCGUGAGCUGUCAUAAAACAAGUGGCUGAAGUAGACUGAAAAUAACACACGCCUAGAGAACUUGAAUCUGGUGUGUUCCUCUUUUCAUCAGUCUCCACUGGGAUCACGGUUUGAUCGGCUUCAUGAGGCUUUGGGGAGUGUGGUAUAACUCAAUGGAACUUCCUGUGCCAGUGAAUGCAGUGCUUUUCCCCGUUGUUUACGUGAAGUCCACUUUUCUGAUGUGAUGACCACAAUUCCAUUGCCUUCCUCUUAACGGCAGAUUGCGAGUAAUCUGUACAUUGAAUAUGCUGUGAUAAGCAUUUAAUCCCAUGAACGGUCGAGGCUAACAUUUUCUUUGUGUGGCUGGGUGCUGACCUGAGUUUUUGUGCAUUUUUAAAUCCAAAAAUGUAUUGGGAAAUAGCACAAUUAUUUAAUGAAAUGUGUAUACAUAUAUAUAUAUAUAUAUAUAUAUAAGAUAU